GCGGACAACCUUCAUCUUGCACGUGUCUCGAUCAGUAACCUCCCGCAUCCUACAUUCAUUAGCAGAUACACGCUCACCGUGUCACGCACCACCAAGAACCCACCACAGCGACGCAAUGACCUCUUCUCCUCCUCCCCUCCGUCACCCUGUGCCUACCCAUCCGGCUUACAUCCCGGAACCUCCGUCGACCCCAGCGAGCCCGCCCGCAGGCUACCAACGAUAUUCAUCUUCGCCUCAGCCUGGAUCAACAGGCCAACCCGCACAUUCCCAACAAUAUGUUCCCGCAUAUCCAUUCCAGAACCCAGCAGCUCCUGGGCCUCAGCACCUCGCGCAGCCGCCCCAGCCUUCUCACUUCAGUGGACCCAUUCCCGGCUGGAACAUGAACAACAUGGGCGUGGACAGCGCCACAGCGCAACUAGGGAUGCAGUUGGGAUCGAGCGCAGUAGCAGCUGGGCAGGAGUAUGUGCAGAAGAACUUGCAAUUCUUCCCCAAAGCCGCCGUUAAGCACCACUUCAACGUGUCAAACUCCUACGUGAUCCACAAGCUCAAGCUUGUUCUCUUCCCGUGGACGCACAAGCCAUGGGCGCGACGCAAGGCCGUCAACGCGUCGCACACGUACUCCCAGUCGCAGCCCUACGCGUCCGGCGCGGGAUACCCCCAGUCCCAGUAUUACCCACCGCACGCUGCUGCGACGUCUCCCACACAAGGUCCUCCGCCUGGCGAUAACGCCCUCGAGGAGUUCCUCCCGCCAAGGGACGAUAUAAACUCCCCGGAUCUGUAUAUACCAUCCAUGGCCAUGGUCACGUACAUCCUCGUCAGCGCGAUUCAAAGAGGGUUGGGUGGCGGCUUCGACCCCAAGGUGUUGGGUGAGACGUUCUCCGUGUCCAUCCUCAUCGUCUUCGUCGAUAUCUGCUUCGUCAAGACAGGAACCUUCCUCCUCGCCGUACCGCCCUCCGCUCAAGUCUCCCUAGUUGACCUCGUCGCAUACAGCGGCUACAAAUUCGUUGGCGUCACUGCUACCGUCCUCACCUCCUUCCUGCACCUUGGCAAGAUGCUGUAUACCCUCGUCUUCAUUUACACUUUUUUGGCCAACGCUUUCUUUCUGCUACCCCAUCCACCGGACGCGACAGCGAUUCCAGAAGACGUAGAAUAG